UAUGAGCGAUAGUUUUCGGUUUGACGUUUUUCUGUUAUCUCUACAGUCGAGAUCGAGAAUUUUGGAUGUUCUUGUUCAAUCGUAAUUUUAGAAACUGGCACCAAGCAUAAUAAGAAAUGGCGAAAAACACCUCCAGCUCAGCGUUCCGCAAAAUCGACGUAGACCAAUACAAUGAGGAUAACUUCCGAGAGGAUGACGCAGACCAGGCAUCCAGCGGAAUGAUCGUUCCGGAUGAAAAUGAGAUUACUUCACUUCUGAAUCAAGGUAGGAACAUCGAUGCUUUAAAAACAGUUUUACAGAACGCUCCCCUGAUGUGCAAAAAUCAACAAGUCAAGGAUAACGCCCUAAAUCUUACACUCAAGGUGCUACUUUCCAUUAAGUCGUCCCAGAUCGAUGCCGCCAUCGAAUCACUUGACGACCCGGAACUGUGGGAUGUUCUGAUGAAAUACAUAUAUCGAGGAUUCGAGAUUCCGUCCGAGGGUUCGAGUGGUCAUUUACUCACCUGGCAUGAAAAAGUAUUCGCCAAAGGCGGUGUCGGUAGUAUCGUCCGAGUAUUAUCCGACACUGCCCGAGCAUAGGUACCUAAACGAUUACUGCUCAGGCGAAGAGGGAUGUGACACCUCAACGGCUGAGUUUCUUUUUGUUUGAGUAUUUUUGUUUUAAAAAUUGUAAAGUGUUUAAGUGAAUUAAAAAGUACACAGCCAAACUAA